UAAUCGAGUUCAGUGGCUUCGGAUGAAGGCGUCUGAUUGGCCUGACACGUGAAGAGCCGUUGUGUUGUCAUUUACAAUUUGAGUAUCGAGAUCCCUCAACAGGUCGAAAGAUUUAUUUAUAUCAAAUCACUUGACGCAGUUCAUUGUGAGUUGUGUGAUGUCAAUAAAUGUGACUGUAAACGGAAACCCGGUUAGCAUUCGCCGUGGAAGAAUGGUUCUUUCGGAUUUAGAUCAAAUUAAAAAAAACGAACGUGACAGGCGAAGAAAGUUACGGCUGGAACAGGUUAGGCAACAGUCGAAAGAAAUAUCAAACAGACUUCUGGAACGUGCCAAAAAUGUGUCCAAGGCACAGCUCACACAGUUGGAAAAAGAUGGUCGCUCAGAACUCCGACAAAUGCACGAUCAAAAAAUCAUGGAUCUUCAAAGGAAGUACCAAGAAGAUAUGGAGGACAUAGGCCGUGCACAUGCUUCCGCUGCACUUCAGCCAGAUGUGGAAACACUAUUGGAGGCUGAACGAAAAAAAAAUAGACUCAUAGCCGCAGAAAGAGGAAGAGAAGCACGACAACGCUUGAAAGAUUCAACUCAGGUGGAUGAUGACCAUACUGCACUACACGAGAGGCAGCGACAAGUACGAGAGAUGGAAAAUGCACGAGCUUCUAUGGUUGCUAAUUUACCGAAAAAAUCAUGCACCAAAAAUGAUUCCGAUCAAGAUUCGGACUCGUCGGGAAAUGAAAACACAGUUCGAACAAGUCCCAAAAAAAAACCUGACAAAAAAGUCAAUAGGUUUCAGACAUCAGUUCCCAAAGUAGUCGUUCAAUCGUCAGAUAUUCAGGUUGUUGUGAGCAAUCCAAAAGCAAAAAGGACAGAACCACAACCGGGUCCAUCUAGAGUACCAAUGCAUAAGACGGAAAUCGAAUCAAAACGUUCAACGAAUAAAACAGUCACUAAUAUAUCGGAUUUUCCACGUGUGAUAACUGGUUGCGAGUCUGAUGAUCAGAAACCUAGAAAAAAUUUACCAACUUUAAAUUCCCCUUCCAAAGCUAAUAAAGUGGCAAGCUACAACCCUCAAGACUAUAAACCGGAUUCCACCAGUUCUAUUAGCAGUACUAGCAGCAGUCCGACCACAUUGAGUGAUGAUUCCUCAUACUUUUCCGAUGGUGCCAUAGACCAAAUGGUGUCUAAAAAAACACCGAGGCAUACGACAUCAGCAGCUUCUAGCAAAGUCCAACUCUAUGAUCAUAAUACAAGGCAGAGAAAUGUUUAUGAUAAACCGUUCGGUGUUGUUGAAAGAAUAAACAUAAAUGGCGAGCCAAAUGCGGAACAGUUGGCACGUGCGGUCACUGAUUCAGAGAAUGCUAAUAGUUGUUUAGCUGAAAAUCGACGACGCCAUGCUCAGCGUCGUGGGAACGAUGCAAUAUUGCGCGAGAGAGUACGCCGGGAUUAUGAAAAUUUACUGCACAAUCUAGAUCACCUAUCACGCGAGGAACGCAAACUUAAGGCCAGCCAAAUUCAUGGUCCUCCGGUUAAAGAUAUCUAUGUGAAUCCAAUGCGACGUCAAGAGCUCCUUGCCAAACGUCAAAAAGAUAUGGAUUUCGCGUUUGAAACAAUUGCUCAGGAUGGUUUUACACGGACAGAGGAAAGCAACCUUUCAACCCCUGUCGAGCGAGUAGUGACAAUUCCACCUAUUAAUGAACAGAAUAAUGUGGAAAACACUCCCGGUGCUGUGUGGCACGAACCUCCAUUCCUUGAACCUUUGAAAGAUUCUGAAGAAGAUCAGGAGAAAAAGAACGAGAUGUCUCGUGAUGAACAAAUUUUGGAAAUGCUUCGCAAAGUGGAGCGACAAAAGAGGCUCCUAUUGAAAGAAUUUGGAGCCAAUUUACCUGACAAUAUUUUUAGCGCCAGUGUAAAACCGUUGUUCACCGAAAAUACAUCGACGCAAACGGUUGCACCUAAGAAAAAGGUACAACCGUCUCCGGUGCCAGAAAUUAAAGUAGUUAAUUUGUCAAGUUGCGAUGAAAUUGAUAAAAAUAAAUUGAAAAAAGGAAAAAAGAAAGUAUCAGCACCUCCCAAGAAAAUUGAAAUAGCAGUGCAAACGUCAACGUUAGAUGAUAGAGGUAAAGCACUGGAUAAAAGUGUGCAAGUUGAAUUGAUUAAUGGUCAGCGCAGUAGCAGCAGCAACUCAACUAGUCGAGAAAAUGGAGAUGAGCUGAAAUCUUACAAUACUUUACUCAAGGAAGAUAUUGCUGUAACCAAAAGUAACAGCGGAUCUUCGGAUUCAACAGAAACUGGAAUUGUCAUUGAUAUCAAGAAAAAGCAUAUCAAAGUAACGCCCAGGAAAAAGAGAAGCCAUUUAAGACUCUCGCGGCGAAAUUCACCGAGAGUAAUUUCUAAGCCUCGCUUAGUGCCUGGGGGUAAAAUUUCGACUCCUGUAAAGAAACUAUCCAAGUCUGCCCCAGUGUCAAAACAAGGCACUCCAAGGACCAACAUUUCUAAUGUACAGCCAAUCAAGGUUAACGACAAAAAAGUAAAAAUACAGUUGGAUAAAGGUGGAAUAAAAGUGAAAAUCAAUCCGCCACCUAGUAGUCAGAUGUCUAGGGAUGCGAGUACUGAAAGUUCCAAAGAUACUUUAAUAGAAACGUCACAAGAGAGAACUCCUGUACCGACGAAACACACGAAAACGAGAGAUUCUUCGGACACUUCAACUUCGUAUAGGAGCCCACCACCGCCAACCCCUGCGUCGUAUCGCAGUGUUAGAAAUAAUAGUACUCCAAUUUUAGAAAUAUUAGAAAGCUCGGAACUCACGGCGACGAGAUCGAAAAAAAGGGGGAUAAGCCCAGUCUCAUCACCAGGAACUCCGUCACCAAGAACGAUUAAUUUACCAACAAACACACCUCAUUCAAGGCAAAUUCACAGAGUGCUUGAAUUCUUUGAUUCAACAAUUUCUCAAUCACCGGAUAAUACCAUGGUACUCACAUUCCCAGGUCGGCAGUCAACUCCCAAUGAGAUGUCCAAUUAUGUGUUGAAAAAACUGGAUUCUUCAGAACAUUUAAAUAAAUCGCCAGAUAUUUGUGCGUGUAAAAAUCCGCAGUGUAAAUUAACGCAUUCCAACAUUCAGGACAUUCAGAAUUACAGCUCAUCAAAGAAUUAUCCGAAAAUAUUGAAAAAGUAUCAGGACCUUCAGAGUAUGUGCACAGACAGAAUUGCGUCAUUAACUGAUCUGAUUGAAAAAGUUCGCAGUGAACAAAGAGGCAUGGAGCUUUCCGUCGGGGGACAGAGCGACGAAUCCACAAUGUUCCAAGUUCCAGGACCACCGCCAUUGUCAGGUGAUUUACAAAGCGUUCGUCAACUAGUAAAUAGCAUAGAAGCUAUCCACAGUCAAUUGGCGAAGACACUUAAUGAAUCACAGCGAAUAAUUGCCAUUGAAAAACUUUCAAAACAGCCAUCAAAGAUGAAAACUUCAUCUACUCAGCCUAGCGUAUCUACAGAAACUGAUGAAAAUUCUCCAUUUCAAAGCAGUGUAGGAACAGGAACACAUUCUUCAGUGAAUAAUGAAGUGCGCGAAGUACCUAGGAUGGGAAUUCCCAGAAUCAUCAGCUCUGAGCGUGUGAAUAUACCUUUGUCACAUUUCAAUUUACCACAAAAGCCAAUGACAAGCCUUGAGGUGACAGCUGCUCAGCCUAUUUCACCAGCUCGAGGGAAAUCGCCUCGACAAAAAGAUGAUGUUGUUGAACGAUUGUCGAAGGAAAUAUUGGAACAAAGUAAAGCUUUAGAUAAUCUUUUUUCCGAAACUACACUGGACUAUAGCAACUUUACAAGCAUUCAAUCUCCACCUUUGCAACAUGUGGCUGCAGCGUCUCCUGAGAGACAAACAUCACCAUCUCCAAAAAAACAAGGAACUACUUCUUCACAAAAACAAGAUUGUUCAGGAUCUUGUGCUGAGUCAUUCCAUGGCUCCGGCAGCAAAACAGAGAAGGAUUCGGACUUUAUUCCACUGCUAGCAGGAAUUCCUAAGGUUCAAAGAAUGACUACAAACAUCGCUGAUAAUCAUCGACCAAGGCCGCCAGUCACUUUAGUAUAUGGACCACACAGCAUUCAAACAGGAUCCCCGGGUCACGAAUUAUCAACCAUAGUAGAAUUUGACACACCAGAUACAGCAAGCAAAAGUCACAAAAGUGCAAAAAGCCCUAGUAGUAACAAGAGUCGAAAGAACCUGUCUCAAAAUUGUCAACAUACUGCAGGAAAGCCGACGAGUCCUUCAGCGAUUUGGAGCCGGACUCCAGUCCACGCGUCAUCACCCUUGGCUUUGCCCUCGACCUCUAAAUCUCCCACAAAAGGUUCAACGCCAUCUCCGAUAACACAAAGCGUAAAACAAAUAUCAAUCCGUGAUUCAGGUAUGUCGCGAUCCCCUGAAUCGCAAGAUAAAUGCGAAGCUACGUGUCCACAGUUAGAUACAAAGUCAUCUCAGAAAACUGCUGAAGUCUCUGGAAUGCAGAGUGACAACACUGUUUUAAGAAAUCAUAGUUCCCCAGAAUCUUCAAGUUCGAUACCCGACAUCAGCUUAGAAUUGCAGAAGCGCAACUUAAUUUUUCACGCUCAAAUACCGACAGUGGAAGCAGAAACACCUUUUCGUCCAAAAGAGUCACGGCAACCUGUCACAUCAGUAUCUACACAGCUGGAUAAAGAUAAGAUAACUUCCACAAGCUCGAAUAGUUUUUCUGGACUAUCCGGAAUUUCUGAAAUUACCAGCACACCAACCUCCGAUAUAUUGAAAUACACUUCAUCGCCGGAAGAGAUGGAAGCAGCAUUGAAAAAAUUAGGACUUGGUUGGGCCAUAACGACGCUGAAAAAAACCCGGGAGGCGAGCGCACUUAGUUCGUCAUCGAAUUCCGAUACAACCCCUGUAAAUCCGUCAAGAAAAAUGAUUUCGCCUGUGAUGAAAAAAGAUCACGAAUCUAAAAUAAAUUGUUUGCCAAACUUGAGCGACGUUUCAUCGAUUUCUAUUAGGGACGCUAACAAAAGUACAGAACGUGCGUUGCUUUUGAAAGCUAGAACGUCUACUCCAAACAUCGAAAAUUCAAAUAGUUCGUGUGAAAAACCUAUUUCAUCAAUUACCACCUCUUCCAGAGCUAGUCCUCAAGACCAGAGCGAUAGCUUAACUGCGCCUAACUUGUCACUGACCACUAAGAAAACAACUUGUGAAAAGUCAUCAAACGAACCUUGAUGACCUUGUGCCUUAACAAAAUACUAAUUAUUACUAUUUACCUAAUACUGCCUGUCAAUUAAUUUAUACCAUUGAUGUUAUACAACGUCGAAAGCAGUGCAAACAAUUUGAAAAAAUUGCGUAGAGAAAGAUCUUUGUUAGAUCUUAUCUCGAAUGCCUGUGUUCAAACGAUCGAACUUUUAGCAUGUCUUUGUUGCUUGCAGAUAUUUCUGUAUGCAACAUCGGAUUUUUUUUAGAUCAGAAUAGAUAGUUGAAUGGAAUCAAUUUAUGCUACUACUUUCGAUACAAUUCGUAGCCACACUCGACAAGGAGUUCAUGUAAUUUUCUACAAUCUAAUCGUGAUACUAUAAUAUAAAACGUAAAGCAUCCAUGAAAGAUGUGUCUUAGCAUGUCAAUUUAUCAUUUUAUUAAAUAUUUUUAUAUAAAUAUCGAAUUACAAGCAUCAUAAAAUUCUGCACCCGAACCAUAAAAUCUUAAAUUGGUUACUUACACCAUUCAUGAUUACAGUUAGCAUAAUCAUAAAAAAUAUUCAAUUACAUUCUAAAAUCUGGAGUAAUCCCAAGAUAUUUUAUUUCAUCUACAUUAAUGAUUUUUUCUGACCUGACCUAGGAUGAAGAAAUUGACUCUUAAUUUUUCUACAGGGAUAUGUUUCACCUAGAUUGGAAUGUACUUAUUAUCAUUUAAACUUAUAUUCGUAGUAAUCCAAUCUUUCAUAUGUAAUGUUUACUUGUCAAAAAAAAUUAGCGAUACAAAUUUACUAUCAAGUACUUACUGGACGUAAUUUUUAAUAUAUUAUGAUUAGAAAAAAUUAUAGUAUAAUAAUUUUUUUAUUGUUGUUAUUAUUUUUAUUAUUAUUAAUAUUACUACUACUACUAGUAUCAUCAGAGCUAUUGUUUUCGUUCCUAAUUAAUAAAAUCGGUAUAUCCAAGGUUCUAAUAGUACAUUUACAAAUGCAACGUGUGUUCAUUAUGAAUAUAUCGAGGUUUCGAUAUCAAAUGGGUUCUUUAUCAGAAUAUAUUUCAACAUUUUCUGAAUUUUAGUCCAUGAAAUAAUUUUAUAAAAUGUUUUCAAAUUCCUCCAACUGAAUCUUUCUAGAAUUGCACCUUCUUCAAAAUCUGUAUAUCUUUGAAACUGCGUACGUGUCAUGCAUAAAAGUACACCUACAACAGAAUCCUAAUUUUCCAUAAACCUUUCAACACAGAUAAGAUCAGCUGUAAUUCGGUCGAAGCUUACAGCAACAAAAUCGGUAUUGUCAAACUGGACAAUGAAGAAAUACACUUCAGAACAUUGGCAACUGAAACCAGUUUGAACGUCAUUGGUAAAAUUAUAGCUCGAAUUACAUUAAAAUUUUAGAAAUAAAGUAGAAGUUGUAUUACAACCGUUAGUUUCCGUAAUGUUGCUUCUACUUCAGGAGAUAAGUGCUACUUCAUAUUAAUAUUAUUCGAAUUUGAAAUAAAACAAGCAUUGACGCAAAGGUUGCAUUUAAAAAUUGUAAAAAAUUACGAUGUUUCGCUUCCUCGAGUACUAGCAUUCGAUGAACUUAAAAAAUAUCCUAAAUGGUAAAUGAACCCCGAGCAAAUACUUUACGACAUAUUGAUGUGAGUGUAACUAUUCAUCGAAUACCUAUACAUAUAAAUGUAUAUGUAUAUAUAUAUAUACAUAGUCUUCCAUGGAAAAUAUAAAUAAAAAUAUAAUAAAUAGUACCGUCAUCAAUAUCUUUGUAGAAAAAAAUUUGAAGUUCAUUCAUAUUAUAAACUACAUAAAUACUCGUCUCAAAUACUUAAUUGAUUUUCUCCGAAAAUUCUUUUCUUCAUUGCACAGUAUAAGUAGAUACGGAUUUUUAUUU